AUGACACCUUUCGAAGCUCUUUAUGGAAGAAAAUGCAGAACUCCACUUUGUUGGUUUCAAGAAGGAGAAGUGGUAUUAAUUGGACCAGAAGUAAUCCAGCAAACAACUAAAAAGGUGAAGUUAAUUCAAGAAAGGUUGAAAGCAUCUCAAAGCAGGCAGAAAUCGUAUGCUGACAGAAGAAGAAGACCUCUGGAGUUUGCUGCUGGAGAUCAUGUCUUCCUUCGGCUCAACCCUACUACCAGGGUAGGCAGAGCCAUUCGGUCAAAGAAGCUGUCUCAUAAGUUUAUUGGUCCCUAUCAGAUUCUAAGGCGGAUAGGACCGGUUGCUUAUGAAAUAGCCUUGCCACCUCAAUUAUCCAACCUUCAUUCAGUCUUCCAUGUAUCUCAACUCAGAAAGUAUGUAGUAGAUCCUUCUCAUGUGCUGGAAGCAGAAGAUGUCCAGAUCAAAGAAGACCGUUCGGUUGAGAUGAAGCUUGUUAGCAUAGAAGGAAGUCAAACCAAACAACUCAGGGGCAAAACCAUCAGUUUAGUUAAAGUGGUCUGGGACAAGAGGACAGGUGACUUUACGUGGGAAUUGGAAGAUCUCAUGAGGGAGUUAUAUCCUCAUUUGUUCUCUGAACAUAAGAAUAAGGGAAAAGGUUACCUCUCAGAUGAUGAUCCACCAAUGAAGGAUGACAGCAGUUGCAAUGGUGGAAUGGAAGCUCCUUGGCAGCGGCGGAAGGCUCUUCGUGGACUAGAAGGUGUAGAGGAUAUGGAAUUAUGGAGUUGCACCACUAUGUGA